AAACAUGAUUAUUAUUGUUUGAGACCAAACUUGUCAUACAACUCGUCUUCCCUGUGCCGCAAAUCCGGUUCCGCUGCUACCGCGGGCUUUACGCAAUCGAUCGGAUAUACCGUUUCUUUUUUAUUUGCACAAAACCCUCAAAUUCACUUUACAAAUAACAAAACAAACCCCUCAAAUCUUCCAUCUGUGAUCGUUGCCACUCUCGAAGGAAGAAUAAUCUGGAGAACGUGUUUAGUUGGCGAUAAGAAGAAUUUGUUGUUACAGAAAGUAUGGAGAGGACUUUGGGAGAAACUACUUCGUAAUGACCUCCUUGUUUAAAACAUGUUCAUCGGCUAUAUUUUCAAGGACUACAGGCAAUCUUGUUGCAAGAUGUUUGUCUAGUGGGGUCACCCGUUUAUCUUUUAGAAGAAGAAUCGAUCAUCAUGCUGCAUUCGUUACCGCAGAAAACGGAUUUCUUUUAACACGGUUUCGAGUUUGUUGUUACUCUACGCGUAAAGCCACCCGUGCCGGUAAAUCCAAAACAAAGAAGCCAGAUCCUAAAUCGGAGAAAAUGUUGGGAGACGAAAAAAAUGCUUUCUUUGUUGUCCGUAAAGGGGAUCUUGUUGGCGUGUACAAGAACUUAAAUGAGUGUCAAGCUCAAGUUGGAUCAUCGGUAUGCGAUCCACCUGUCAGUGUGUAUAAAGGCUACACGAUGCCCAAAGAAGCCGAAGAAUAUAUGAUUUCUUGUGGGCUUAAGAAUGCACUUUAUUCAAUCAAGGCUGCAGAUUUAACAGAGGAGCUAUUCGGAAAUCUUGUCGCAUGUCCUUACCAGCCACCACGUUUUGCCUUAGGUGAACCGUCAAGUGAUCAUUUGUCCAAAAGAAAAUUUCCGGAAGUUUUGGGAUCUCAAACUGGGGAAGCCUUUGGGUUGAGAUCUAUUUCAAGUGAUCCUACAAGGAAGCUUGCUAAGUUGGAACAACUUACGUCUCAAGCCGUAACUAAUACGCGUACGUGUAUUCUUGAGUUUGAUGGUGCGUCUAAAGGAAAUCCUGGGCAAGCUGGGGCAGGAGCUGUUUUAAGAACUGAUGAUGGAAAUUUGAUCUGUAGAUUGCGUGAAGGAUUGGGUAUUGCUACGAAUAAUGUUGCUGAAUAUCGAGCUGUUAUACUAGGGUUAAGAUAUGCUCUUAGCAAAGGGUUUACAAGUAUACGAGUUUUGGGUGAUUCCAAACUCGUUUGCAUGCAGGUUCAGGGUCUAUGGAAGGUGAAAAAUCAAAACAUUAGCAAGUUGUAUGAAGAAGCAAAGAAACUAAAGGAUAAAUUCCUUUGUUUCCAGAUCGAUCAUGUUUUAAGGGACUUAAACUCUGACGCAGAUACUCAAGCAAACUUAGCCGUUGAUCUUGCGGUUGGUCAGAUUCAGGAAGUUGACUCAUAGUACAUUUCUACCAUCCAUUCAUCCUUCAAGCCAAGUUUCAAACAAACAAUCAAAAACUUUACGAGCUUAUUUUCAAGAUUUAAACGAUUGAUUGAUUUUCUACAGUUAAACAAAAUGUUGAACUUUUGGGGUAUACUUUAUGUCAAUGGUGUCAAGUGUGAUAGUUUUGCACACUCUUUUAAGUUAGUUUCUGUAGUUGUAGACCAGCAGCAGGCGCGUUUGUGAUGCGAGUUGGAUUAAAUUAAAGUUUUAUUCUAUUUUUCCUGCAUUGUAAAUUUGUAA